CUUUGCUAAAUGAUAGAAAAUUAUAGUCGAAUAACAAUCAACAUUUCCUUGGACAGAAAUGUUUGCGCGUUGUACAUUUGUUUCUAAUAAAAACAUCUUAAAUUUUUCUAUAAGAACACUCUGAAAUAAAAACAAUAAUGACAGCUAAUAAUACAUUCUCGUUGCAUCCGCCACUGCCGCAACCACUACCACUUCCGCCAAGACGGUCUGCACCUCCAAUAGUAAUGACAGCUCAGUCUCCUCGACAACCAGAUGCUACGGGAGAGGAAUUCUUAGCAAACGGGGUGAGAUUAUACCGAGCAGCACUAAAUGGUGAUUGUGAAACAAUCAAAUGCGUUGCUAGUGGUUUAUGGUUACGCGCAAAGAUCACAAAAGGCGGGGAAACAGUUCUUCACAUUGCAGCAGCAGCCAAGCAUUUGCAUGUAGUUAGGGAGUUGGUUAAUAUUAUGGAUGCAGAAUCUCUUGCUUUAGCCAACAAAGUCGGAAAUACAGCUCUAUGCUUUGCUGCUGUCUCUGGGGUUGUCGAAACUGCAAGACUAAUGGUUGAUAAAAACAAAGAAUUGCCUAACAUCAGAGGCAGUCAAGGAAUGACACCACUUCACAUGGCGGUCUUGCUAGGUCAUCAACAUAUGGUGUGGUACCUCCUUGAAGUAACCGAUGAUACACAAAUGACAAAUGACGAUCGUAUAGGCUUAAUUACCAGUUCAAUCGAUACUGAUAUGUUCGAUGUUGCAUUGCAUAUUCUAAGCAAGCACCGUUACUUGGCCCUUCAUCGAGAUGCAAAAAAAGAGACGCCGUUGCAUGCAUUGGCUCGAAAGCCUCUAAAGACAGUUGACUGUCACACAAACAUAUGGAAAAGAUUCUCAUUUCCAUGGACCAGCAUAGGUCAAGAUACAAGUAACGAGCCACAAGCUGCACUUCAGCUAGUACAGAACCUUUGGGAUGAAAUAAUCAGACAGAAGGAAGAGGAUAUAUCUAAACUAAUUGGCUACCCAUGGCGGUUACUAUUUGUUGCAGCUAAAUUAGGGAAUGUUGAAUUCUUAUCGACAUUGAUCAAAUCUUACCCUGAUCUAAUAUGGAAGGUAGAUGAAAAUAGGUAUACUAUUUUUCACAUAGCAGUUAAGCACCGUCAAGCAGAGGUCUUCAAGCUUAUUUAUGAAAUUGGGGCAAUAAAGGACUUAAUAGCUACUUACAAAGAUGAUAAUGGAAAUAACAUGUUACAUUUGGCUGCUAAGUUAGCGCCUCCUGAUCGGCUAAAUUGCAUAUCUUUGCAAAUGCAACAAGAGGCUUUAUGGUUCAAGACAGUGAUGAAGAUAGUGAGGCCAGAAUAUAUCGAGGCAGAAAACGAUGAUCAUAAAACACCUCAGGCAUUGUUUAGUGAAGAGCAUGAAGAAUUAAGGACAAAAGGCGAGACUUGGAUGAGAAAGACAUCGGAAUCAUGUGCUCUAGUAGCAACUCUAAUUGCUACUGUAGUGUUUUCAGCAGCUUUCCAAUUGCCUGGAGGUGAAAACGAAAAAGGGAAUCCAAUUCUACAAAGGAGAGCAUCUUUUGUGGUCUUUUCUAUGUCGAAUGGUGUAUCGUUGUUCACCUCUACUUCUUCAUUAUUGAUGUUCUUGUCAAUUCUUACUUCACGUUAUGCAGAAAGAGACUUCCUUGUAUCACUGCCACUAAAGCUCAUGAGCGGUCUUAUAUUGCUGCUUAUUUCAAUAGCCACCAUGAUAGUAGCCUUCACGGCUACAUUCUUCAUCACUUUCAGAGAAGGUGUGAAAUGGACUCCUAUUCCUAUUGCUUUAAUCGCCACAGUCCCUGUUACCCUUUUUGCCUUACAACAGUACCCUCUAUUGGUAGACAUAUAUCAUUCAACCUUCAAAUCUCACAUGUCACUACUUGAACCAAGAAAAUCAAAGCUUUUUGUAACUACUACAACAAAGCCAUCAAGCUAUCUUGCUCCUCCGCACUGGCCAACUUCUUCUCCCCUUGAGCAUGCUCCAACAAUAACAUUCAAUAGAUCUCUCUUCAGGUCAAGAAAUCGUCUAACGCCCUCAAACAUAGUAGAUCCCAUUGCAUCGGAACAGGAAACUUCUGUAUUUGGUUCCUAUGAACCCGCUUCAGAUGCUUCUGAUCCACCAACUGUUUAGUAGAUUGUGCAAGUCCACGAAGAAGAUGCUAGUGCCGAAUUGACGAUGGAAACUAUAUCUAUGCACUAUAACUUUUGGAGAUUUAUUGCAAUUAGUUAGUAUAAUUUUUCUAGAACUAAGGAAUAAGGAUAUGGAAUAUAGCUUCUAUUAGUUGAAGUGCAUUUGCAUAAUAUAUGGUGACAAAAGAGUUAAUUAAUUUAUGUGUUAAAUUAAUAUAGACAAAGCAAGAGAACAGUCGGUUCAGUAAACAAUACAAGAAAUCUAUAAGAUUUCAUACCCUUUUCCGUAGUC